AUGGACGGGCGAUGCGUCGUGUGCCUCGCGCUGGAGCCGCCGAACGCGAAGCGGCCGCACUUUCGAUGCGCGAGGUGCGGCGAAGCGGAGUACUGCGGUCGCGAGUGCCGCGACGCGCACCGAGCGACGCACGCGCGACGAUGCGCGAUAUCGCGCCGAGAGCGCGGCUGGGUCAAAGGCGAACUCGCGCCAGGAGUGCCCCAACGCGGGCCGGACCUGCACGCGCCGGACGGGUACGCGCCGCCCGGGGGGUGGGAAGCCCCGGAGAAGGUCGCGACGACGAAGGUGAAGGUCUCCGCAUCGCACGACGCCACGGGAGGAACGCUGCGGGUGGUGGGCGCGCUCGUGCGACCGGACGCGUGGGGACGCGAGGACGACGACGCGAGGCGCGCGCGAGUGGAGAAUCUGAUGCGCGCGCGGCGGCCGCGCGAGAAGGAGGCGGCGGCCAGGGAGAGGGAACCGCCGCCGCCGACGGGGUUCGAGCCGCCGGGGGGAUGGGGGCAGGCGACGCUGGUGGACGCGCCUCGACGCGGCGGGCGCGCGAAGGCGGCGGCGGGCGCGUGA